AUGGACAACAUCUUAGAGAUUCUACAGACCAUUCAUAUUGGUGUAGCUGUUGCAACUUUCCUUUUCAACACUGGACGUAUUAUAAAAGCAGUAGACAUCUUUAACGAAUCUUUGGUGCUCCUUAACGGUAAAGCCCUAGAGACAAUCAAAGAACUUACCACACCACUUCUUAUCUAUGUAUACCGUAAACUUCUCGAUGGCUAUACUCGUGUGUACGAUCACAUCCGUGCGAUAGAAUGUGGUAAAAAGCUUCUAGUGACACUACACAAUAGUGGCCAAAAAGAAGUAGAAGGGAUAACAUUACUUAAACUAGCAAACAUCUACUAUCAAAGAAGCAAAUACGAGGAAGCAAAACAGUUUUACGAGAAGGCACUCAGCAUCAUGAUUGAGGCUGGAAAUAAUGACGGAGUUGGAACAUGUUACGGGAAUCUAGAAACUGUGUUUUUCUCUGUUGGUCAAUAUACAAAGGCUGAAGAAUACCUUCAAACAGCACUAGUGAUCAGGAAAGAAAUCGGUGACAAAGAAGGAGAAGCAGCAGAUUACGGAAAUCUAGGAACUGUGUUUCUUUCUGUUGGUCAAUAUACCAAGGCUGAAGAAUACCUUCAAAAAGCGCUAGUGAUCAUGAAAGAAAUCGGUGACAAACAAGGAGAAGCAUCUGCUUACGGAAAUCUAGGAAGUGUGUUUAAAUCUGUUGGUCAAUAUACCAAUGCUGAAGAAUGCCUUCAAAAAGCACUAGUGAUCAGGAAAGAAAUCGGAGACAAAAAAGGAGAAGCAUCUGCUUACGGAAAUCUAGGAACUGUGUUUCUUUCUGUUGGUCAAUAUACCAAGGCUGAAGAAUACCUUCAAAAAGCACUAGUGAUCAUGAAAGAAAUCGCUGACAAACAAGGAGAAGCAUCUGCUUACGGAAAUCUAGGAACUGUGUUUCUAUCUGUUGGUCAAUAUACCAAGGCUGAAGAAUACCUUCAAAAAGCACUAGUGAUCAGGAAAGAAAUCGGUGACAAACAAGGAGAAGCAGCAGAUUACGGAAAUCUAGGAACUGUGUUUCUUUCUGUUGGUCAAUAUAUCAAGGCUGAAGAAUACCUUCAAAAAGCACUAGUGAUCAGGAAAGAAAUCGGUGACAAACAAGGAGAAGCAGCAGAUUACGGAAAUCUAGGAAUUGUCAUUAAAUCUGUUGGUCAACAUACCAAGGCUGAAGAAUACCUUCAAAAAGCACUAGUGAUCAUGAAAGAAAUCGGUGACAAAAAAGGAGAAGCAUCUGCUUACGGAAAUCUAGGAACUGUGUUUCAAUCUGUUGGUCAAUAUACCAAGGCUGAAGAAUACCUUCAAAAAGCACUAGUGAUCAGGAAAGAAAUCGGUGACAAAGAAGGAGAAGCAUCAGAUUACGGAAAUCUAGGAACUGUGUUUCAAUCUGUUGGUCAAUAUACCAAGGCUGAAGAAUACCUUCAAAAAGCACUAGUGAUCAGGAAAGAAAUCGGUGACAAACAAGGAGAAGCAUCUGCUUACGGAAAUCUAGGAACUGUGUUUCAAUCUGUUGGUCAAUAUACCAAGGCUGAAGAAUACCUUCAAAAAGCACUAGUGAUCAGGAAAGAAAUCGGUGACAAACAAGGAGAAGCAGCAGAUUACGGAAAUCUAGGAACUGUGUUUCUUUCUGUUGGUCAAUAUAUCAAGGCUGAAGAAUACCUUCAAAAAGCACUAGUGAUCAGGAAAGAAAUCGGUGACAAACAAGGAGAAGCAGCAGAUUACGGAAAUCUAGGAAUUGUCAUUAAAUCUGUUGGUCAACAUACCAAGGCUGAAGAAUACCUUCAAAAAGCACUAGUGAUCAUGAAAGAAAUCGGUGACAAAAAAGGAGAAGCAUCUGCUUACGGAAAUCUAGGAACUGUGUUUCAAUCUGUUGGUCAAUAUACCAAGGCUGAAGAAUACCUUCAAAAAGCACUAGUGAUCAGGAAAGAAAUCGGUGACAAAGAAGGAGAAGCAGCAGAUUACGGAAAUCUAGGAACUGUGUUUCAAUCUGUUGGUCAAUAUACCAAGGCUGAAGAAUACCUUCAAAAAGCACUAGUGAUCAUGAAAGAAAUCGGUGACAAACAAGGAGAAGCAUCUGCUUACGGAAAUCUAAGAACUGUGUUUCAAUCUGUUGGUCAAUAUACCAAGGCUGAAGAACACCUUCAAAAAGCACUAGUGAUCAGGAAAGAAAUCGGUGACAAACAAGGAGAAGCAGCAGAUUACGGAAAUCUAGGAACUGUGUUUCAAUCUGUUGGUCAAUAUACCAAGGCUGAAGAAUACCUUCAAAAAGCACUAGUGAUCAUGAAAGAAAUCGGUGACAAACAAGGAGAAGCAUCUGCUUACGGAAAUCUAGGAAGUGUGUUUAAAUCUGUUGGUCAAUAUACCAAGGCUGAAGAAUGCCUUCAAAAAGCACUAGUGAUCAGGAAAGAAAUCGGUGACAAAAAAGGAGAAGAAUCUGCUUACGGAAAUCUAGGAACUGUGUUUAAAUCUGUUGGUCAAUAUACCAAGGCUGAAGAAUACCUUCAAAAAGCACUAGUGAUCAGGAAAGAAAUCGGUGACAAACAAGGAGAAGCAGCAGAUUACGGAAAUCUAGGAACUGUGUUUCUUUCUGUUGGUCAAUAUAUCAAGGCUGAAGAAUACCUGCAAAAAGCACUAGUGAUCAUGAAAGAAAUCGGUGACAAACAAGGAGAAGCAGCAGAUUACGGAAAUCUAGGAACUGUCUUUAAAUCUGUUGGUCAACAUACCAAGGCUGAAGAAUACCUUCAAAAAGCACUAGUGAUCAUGAAAGAAAUCGGUGACAAAAAAGGAGAAGCAUCUGCUUACGGAAAUCUAGGAACUGUGUUUCAAUCUGUUGGUCAAUAUACCAAGGCUGAAGAACACCUUCAAAAAGCACUAGUGAUCAGGAAAGAAAUCGGUGACAAAGAAGGAGAAGCAGCAGAUUACGGAAAUCUAGGAAGGGUGUUUCAAUCUGUUGGUCAAUAUACCAAGGCUGAAGAAUACCUUCAAAAAGCACUAGUGAUCAGGAAAGAAAUCGGUGACAAACAAGGAGAAGCAGCAGAUUACGGAAAUCUAGGAACUGUGUUUCUUUCUGUUGGUCAAUAUACCAAGGCUGAAGAAUACCUGCAAAAAGCACUAGUGAUCAGGAAAGAAAUCGGUGACAAACAAGGAGAAGCAUCUGCUUACGGAAAUCUAGGAACUGUCUUUAAAUCCGUUGGUCAAUAUACCAAUGCUGAAGAAUGCCUUCAAAAAGCACUAGUGAUCAGGAAAGAAAUCGGUGACAAACAAGGAGAAGCAGCAGAUUACGGAAAUCUAGGAACUGUCUUUAAAUCUGUUGGUCAACAUACCAAGGCUGAAGAAUACCUUCAAAAAGCACUAGUGAUCAUGAAAGAAAUCGGUGACAAAAAAGGAGAAGCAUCUGCUUACGGAAAUCUAGGAACUGUGUUUCAAUCUGUUGGUCAAUAUACCAAGGCUGAAGAAUACCUUCAAAAAGCACUAGUGAUCAGGAAAGAAAUCGGUGACAAACAAGGAGAAGCAUCUGCUUACGGAAAUCUAGGAACUGUGUUUCAAUCUGUUGGUCAAUAUACCAAGGCCGAAGAAUACCUUCAGAAAGCACUAGUGAUCAAACAAGAAAGCGGAGACAAAGCUGGUGUUGGAGCUUUAUACGUAAAUCUGGGAAAACUUUGUCGAGAAUUGCAACUUACUGCAAAGAGUCGAGAAUUUGCUAAUAAAGCACUUUUGAUAAGUUACGAAAUAGGGGACAUAGAAAUGCAGUUUAACAGCCACCUUACCAUUGCUAUGAACGAGAUAGUGGCAGGAGGAAGCAUAACCGAAGUUCUGCGAAAUCUGCAUGAAAGCAUUCAGAAGUGCGAAGAAAUGCAUCAUUUUUUAAGAGUGAAAGAUCCAUUCAAAAUUUCUUUUUUUGAUGAGCAUGUGUCCCCUUACCUUUUUCUUUGUAGGUUUUUAAUUGCUACAGGCAGUUAUUAUGAAGCUCUUUACGUUGCCGAGCUUGGACGAUGUAGAGCACUGACAGACGUACUUUCAGAUAAGUACUCUGUGGGAAAAGGGGUAUCAGUCAACCCACAGUCAUGGAUUGGUAUUGAGAACAUUAUGAACAAAAAUGCACUUAGUUCUUGUCUUUAUGUUUCCUGCUUCAAAAAUAAUAUGCACUUUUGGGUCCUCAAGCCAAACAAAACUUUAGUUUUUCGACAAACGAGACUCAAAGAAAGUGCAGAUAAAGUGUUUGAAAAUCAGACAUUUGGUGGCUCUCGUGAUUUACGUCAAGACCAAUGCGAAGAUCGAUCAUUAUUUUCAUGUGUAAGUUCCCCGCUAUCAUGCAAACAAUCUCAGAGUGACAGCUUCGAAUCUUUGCGUCUUAUCGAAGAAGAGGAAGACGAAAAUCACGACUCUAAACCUUUAACCCUUGCUGAUGGUUACAACAUGAUAGUCGCUCCUGUAGCUGACUUACUCCAAGAAUCAGAAAUCAUUCUUAUACCGGAUAACUUGUUGUAUCCUAUUCCUUUUGCUGCUUUAAAGGAUGGUAAUGGAAAGUAUUUAUCGGACACUUUCAGGAUUCGCAUUGUCCCUUCCUUGACGACUCUUAAGUUGAUUCAGCUCUGUCCAGCAGACUACCAUAGUAAAACCGGUGCACUGAUCGUAGGGCAGCCAGACGUUAGUGAGUGUAUACUACCAAGGAAAAAUUCUAAAGUUAAAGCCACUACCUUGGGCGAGAGACGAAGCAGAGAUGAUUGGGCGACUGCUCGGUGUUCAACCGUUGCUUGGAAAGGAUGCAACUAA